CGGGCGUAGGUUAGGGUUAGUAGGCGUUUAACAGUCUGGCGAUUUAGAAGAUAGUGUAGCGAAGAACAAACACCAGAUAAUAAUUCAGAAUAAAAUCCGAUGAUGCAGCUCCCGUGUUUCUUCCUGAUUUUGUGGUUCUAUUUUUACGUGCUAAAUGGAGGCCAAGGAAUGGUUACCAUUACAAAGACCAAAGGAACGACGAUAGAAUGUUCAUCCAACACUGAACUUACGUUCAAAUUUAAAAAAGCUCUCAACAAUGAAUAUUACGCGAUCGCAGAAUGUGAUAAAAUGAUACAAUCAUGUUAUAUUCUUGAACGAGGUCUGGAAAACACAUAUAAUAUUUCAUACACUGGUCGUGGGGGAAUUCUUCAAAUCCUUAGUUUACGUGAAGACACGUGUGGGACAUACGAAUGUUCUGAAACAUACACUCCCCACAAUUUCGUCACCGUUGACGUGGUUUCAUAUGAUAAUACUCUCGAUGUAAAUAAUGACAUCCCAGGCGUUUCUGCUUGUGCGUCAAUACCAAUUUACCUGCUGCCGGUUUGCUUUCUUUGUGUCAUCCUUGGCUGUGCCAUUACUUACGCAUGGUUUAAAGCUACAGUUUGGAAGACGGUCGCGACAGAUUGCUUAUCUUUCUUAAAGAUGGAAAACGAUACGCCAGCACACAACGUCGGUACACUACAGGCGUCAGGCCAGCGCAGGAGCGAUUGCUCCACACAACCACUUGUGGAAGAUACGGAGUUAAAAAACAAACAACCUGUUGUCGAUGAAUGCAAGAGUAUGGAUGCUGACAGCUGUAUGGUCAACAGUGAUGAAACCUCAACUAUGAAUCGUGGCAAUUGUAUGAUGAAAGACCACAUAACCGAUGGAGACACAUAAGCGCACUCAAGUUUAAAUGAGAGGAAAGGCUGUAAACACAACUAUCUGCGUCGAAUCCAGAGUCAAAACACUUCGAGGAAAAUCACUUUUAGCAGAAUAAUAUGGACAUAAAAAAGGACACAAACUGAUUUUAGAUACAAACCGGUGUCAAACAUAUGUCGUUAAACCCCCAAAAACGAAGUUUAGGGGGGUAAAUAGGAGUGAGCUUGUCUGUCAUUCUG